AAGCACCAAAGCCAAAGCCAAUUCAAAUACUCAUUUUGAUUUAGUCCUCUCCUCGUAUCCACAUCAACAUCUCCGCUGCGUACACUAUCACCUUUCUUCUUCUUUUCAUUAUAAUCAAUUCUGCAUUAAGAUAUGGAAAGCUUAAAAACACCUUUGAAGGGUGUUAUAAAUGAUCUUCGAGGAAGAGCUGUGUACUAUAAAGAUGAUUGGACUUCUGGUCUCUAUUCAGGAACUGGGAUAUUGGCCCCAACUACCUAUAUUUUCUUUGCUUCUGCUCUUCCUGUUAUUGCCUUUGGCGAGCAGCUAAGUAGAGACACAGAUGGAAGCUUGAGCACGGUAGAAACACUUGCCUCUACAGCUAUUUGUGGAAUCAUACACUCAAUUUUGGGUGGCCAGCCUCUCCUAAUAGUGGGAGUUGCUGAACCCACUAUCAUUAUGUACACCUACUUGUACAACUUUGCCAAAAAUAGGGAUUCCUUGGGACGAGAACUCUUUUUAGCUUGGGCAGGAUGGGUUUGUGUAUGGACUGCUCUCUUGCUGUUUCUUCUAGCAAUAUUCAAUGCUGGCAAUAUCAUCAAUAGAUUUACAAGGAUCGCGGGUGAGAUUUUCGGCAUGUUGAUCACAGUCUUGUUCAUUCAAGAGGCUAUCAAGGGAAUGGUAACUGAGUUUAAUGUUCCUGAAGAAGGAGACCCAACAAUGGAAAAGUACCAAUUUCAUUGGCUGUAUGCAAAUGGAUUGCUGGGUAUUAUAUUCACCUUUGGCCUUCUCUAUACUUCUUUGAAAAGCAGAAGAGCAAGGUCAUGGUUAUAUGGGACAGGGUGGUUCAGAAGUUUCAUUGCAGACUAUGGAGUGCCUUUCAUGGUGGUCGUGUGGACAGCUCUAUCAUUCAUAGUACCAAGUAAAGUGCCUUCUGGAGUUCCAAGAAGGCUCACUUCUCCUCUUGCUUGGGAAUCUACAUCUUUACAUCAUUGGACAGUAAUCAAAGAUAUGGGGGAGGUUUCUCUGGCAUAUAUUUUUGCUGCUUUUAUUCCCGCCUUAAUGAUAGCGGGGCUUUACUUCUUUGACCAUAGUGUUGCUUCCCAGAUGGCACAGCAGAAGGAAUUCAAUCUCAGGAAACCUUCUGCAUACCACUAUGACAUAUUGUUGCUAGGAUUAACGACAUUGCUUUGUGGAUUAAUUGGCUUACCCCCUUCAAAUGGAGUUCUGCCUCAAUCCCCCAUGCACACCAAGAGCCUGGCUGUUCUCAAGAAACAGUUGAUCCGAAGAAAGAUGGUUAAAAGUGCCAAGGAAAGCAUAAGGCAGAAAGCUAGCAAGUCUGAAAUAUAUGGGAAGAUGCAAGCAGUGUUUAUAGAAAUGGAUAGCUGUCCAGAUAAUCAUUUAGUGGUCAAAGAGUUAGAGGAUUUGAAAGAGGUUGUCCUAAACGGUGAAGACAAAGGGCUCAACAAUAAGAGUACCUUUGAUCCUGAGAAACACAUUGAUGCAUAUUUGCCUGUCAGAGUCAAGGAGCAGAGAGUGAGCAAUCUUUUACAAUCACUCCUAGUUGGAGCAUCAGUGUUUGCUAUGCCUGCCAUAAAAAAGAUACCAACUUCAGUUCUCUGGGGAUAUUUUGCUUACAUGGCCAUUGAUAGUCUUCCAGGAAAUCAAUUCUGGGAAAGGAUCCUACUUCUUUUUGUAACACCUAGUAGGUGGUACAAGUUGCUAGAAGGGGAUCAUGCUUCCUUUGUUGAGUCGGUACCUUACAAAUACAUAGUCUUCUUCACACUCUUCCAAUGUGUAUAUUUCUUGGUUUGUUUUGGAGUGACAUGGAUUCCCAUAGCUGGAAUACUGUUCCCCUUGCCUUUCUUUUUGCUGAUCACAUUGAGGCAGCAUAUACUCCCCAAGCUGUUCAAGCCUCACCAUCUUAGGGAACUUGACGCGGCUGAAUAUGAAGAAAUAGUUGGUGCUCCAGCACUAAGUUUCAAUAAAUCUUUCAGGGAAGUGGAAUCACCCCUAGUUGGAUCAAAGGAAAUAGGCAAUGCGGAAAUAUUAGAUGAGUUAACUACUAAUAGAGGGGAGUUGAAGGUCAGAACUGUCAGCUUUGGUGAAGAAAGAAAUUGCCAGGUUUACCCUGAUGAAAAUGGAUCGCCACUCACAGAUUUUUAGAAAAGGUGAUGAAUCCGAUGUUAUACGGUAAAUGUUCCAAUCCCAGAAGAAGGGAUAUGACAUUCAUACGUCUACUCUAGAAGAAGAUGAUAUCAAUAUAUAGAUGAAGAUCAAGUUUUAAAAUCUAGAAAUUUUCAAGCUGCAGCAAGAGUUUUUGCAUGUCAUGGUUUAUGGAAUUUAUAAGUAAAGUUACCAAAUUACUUACUAACGAUAACUCUACUUUAGCAUUUAAAUUUCAGUCUUUUUCCUCUA